AGCCAGUCUAACCGGCCCGUCGCCUUCCUUACCGGGUCCGGGGCGCACCCGCCAAGGAUCCGACACCUCGCGGCGCCAGUUCGCUCGCCGGAGAAGGGAAGCUGGUCACCGCCGCCCCCCGGUGGUUAUAAGAGUCGCCUCCCUAUCCCCUUCUCUCCUCUUCUUCUUCUUCCUCCUCCUCCCGCCGCCUGCUUCGAUCUGAGGAUUGAGGAGGAAAGGUAGACUUUGCCAAGAAUCAAGAUUGUGAGGUGAAGAGAGAGGUGGGGAAACUGACGAGGCGGAGGGAAUGGACGGGCACGGCGGCGGCGGCGGCGGCAAGUUGACGCGGACGCCGUCGUCGCUGCUCCGGUCGCCGACCGUGCGGGCGGCGUCGUUCCAGGCGGUGGCGGGGGACGACCCGGAGCCCGACGACAAGAAGGCGCAGGGGAGGAGGAAGAAGCUGGCCCUGCUCCGCCCGGCGGCCCACGGCCUCCGGCCCGGCCCGGCCCAGUCCGUGCUGCUCCUCGUCGUCGCGCUCCCCCUCCUCGCCCUCGCCGUCGUCGUCCUCCGCCACGACGGCGCCCACCACCUCGUCCUCCUCGCCGCCGCCGCCGCCGCCGCGCUCGCCGCGGCGGCGGCCGUCGCGCGCCUGCGCGGCCGCCUCCGCGUCCGCCGCGCCGCCACGGGGCUCCCGGUCUCCGUCCGGUGGUUCAUCGGCGAGGGCGGCGGCGGCGACGACGACGACGACGACGAGCAGCACCAGCAUAGGAAGGGGAAGGGGAAGGUCGACGGCCUCGCGGUGCGUGAGGGCGUGGAGUUCUACAGCAACGGCGACUGCUACGAGGGGGAGUUCCACAGGGCGCGGUGCAGCGGCAGCGGCGUCUACAACUUCUUCGGCAAGGGCAAGUACGAGGGCGACUGGGUCGACGGCAAGUACGACGGCCAUGGCGUCGAGAGCUGGGCGCGCGGCAGCCGCUACCGUGGCCAGUACAGGCAAGGCCUCCGCCACGGCCACGGCGUCUACCGCUUCUACAGCGGCGACUGCUACGCCGGCGAGUGGGCCGCCGGCCAGAGCCAUGGCAUCGGCGCCCAGACCUGCUCCGACGGCAGCUCCUACGCCGGCGAGUUCAAGGGCGGCGUCAAGCACGGCCUCGGCUGCUACCAUUUCAGGAAUGGUGAUCGAUACUCGGGGGAGUACUUCGCGGACAGGAUCCACGGCUUUGGCGUGUACAGCUUCGCCAAUGGCCAUUGCUACGAGGGCUCCUGGCACGAAGGCAAGAAGCAGGGGUUAGGGAUGUACACGUUUCGCAACGGCGACAGGCGGUCCGGCGAAUGGGACGCCGGUGCUCUCAAGAACCCAUUGCCGCUCUCCGAUCAGGCCGUGCAGCGUGCCGUGCUGGCGGCGCAAAGGGCGGCGGAUAACGCCUUCCACCUCCCGAGGGUGGAAGAGCAGGUGAACCGGGCGGUCAUGGCCGCCAAUAGAGCGGCCACGGCUGCCCGGGUUGCGGCAAUCAAGGCAGUUCAGAACAGAAUCGACGGCAAAUUCUGCCACACAGAAGUGUGAGAUGUACAAUAGCGUAGCGAAAGAGAGAUGCAAUGGCUGAUCGAUCGCCGAGGUUCGCGACCGGGGCGGCACAAGCCGCUUGCACCGUGUCGGAGAGGUCAGUAAUUCAUUUGAGUAUGAACGGCAGCCACCAAAGGGCUGAGCUGCCGCUUGUUUCCACUGAAUGAUGGUCACGCACUCACGCUGUAAAGCUGUAGAUAGCUCCGUUUAUAUCCAUGUUGGGGGGUUGAUCUUUCAGCUCGAUGUGUAUCAAUGGAAGCUUUGAGCUGAUCUUUCAAUGGAGGUGAGUAAUGUGCAUUGUACAUGUA